AUGGCUCGCUUCAGCCUUUCUUUCCUCGCCGUCUUCCUGGUUCUGGCGGCAUUCGUCAUGUCCAUGCCCACCAAGCGCGAUCAGAGCAAGGGUCUGGGACUUGACACUGCUCUCUCCGAGCUGCAGAUCUGCUACCAGGAUGCGACCAAGUUCAUGAAGGGAUUGGACCACAAGGACACGAACGACCAGAACAACCAAGCCAAGAAUGAGCAGGCUGCAAAGCAGGACGCUGCCCUGGCAGACCAGAAGGUUGCGGAGAAGGAGCAGCCAGCUGCUGAUACCACUGCUCCCACUCCCACUGAGAAGGGACUGUACUCGGGCAACUUCCAGACCCCUACUGCUACACACACACACCACCCUACCUCCCAGCCUAAUGCGCUGGGCAAUAUCCCCCUGAUCGGUGGCCUUCUGGGUGGUACUGGUGGCCCUCUGUAA